AUGCUGAAGCUGGUUACUCAGUAUUGGUCUGCGAAGGGAGAGAAGCAACGUAUCAACUUCAUCGCACGGAAGCAGAGCUAUCACGGCAAUACCCUCGGUGCUUUGUGUAUCACAGGACACGAGGGCCGCCGUGACAUUUAUCGGCACUGGAUGUCUGAGAAUGUGUCGUUCGUGGAUGCCUGCUGCUCCUAUCGCGGCAAGCUCAACGACGAGUCUGACGAAGCAUAUCUCGAGCGACUGGUAGACCAGCUUGAGGCAGAGUUCCAGCGUCUUGGGCCUGAAACGGUCGCAGCUUUUGUCGCCGAAACCGUUGCAGGAUCAACACUUGCUUCCGUUCCUGCAGUCAAGGGCUACUUCAAGGCUGUACGAGAGAUAUGCGACAAGUAUGGGGCAUUGCUGGUCCUUGACGAAGUUCUAUGUGGGAUGGGUAGGACAGGCACUCUUCACGCCUGGCAGCAAGAGGAAAUUAGCGGGCCUGAUCUGCAAAUGAUCGGAAAGUCGCUCGGUGGUGGUUUUAUCCCGGUUUCUGGAGUCUUAGUUCACCAACGCAUCUUCGACACGAUUGCAACGCCACAAGGCGCGCUGGCAGGCGGACACACAUUCCAGGCACAUCCGACAUCAUGUGCAGCCGCGCUCGCAAUUCAGAAGAUCAUCAGGGAGCAAGACCUUCUGUCAAAUGUGAGAAAGCAGGGCGAGCUUCUUGAGAGGCUGUUGCACGAAGAGCUUGGUCAACACCCACUGACAGGCAACAUCCGCGGUCGUGGGCUCCUGUGGGCUGUUGAGUUCAUGCGCGAUCCGGCGACGCGCACACCUUUCCCGAUGGGCGAUGACUUUUCACAUCGAGUGGUGGAUGAAGCGGUCGAGAACCAGGGCGUUCUUGUGCUGAAGAACAUGGGGUUCCCCGGAACUUGGAAGAUGGAUUCAGUUGUGGUGUCGCCACCUUUCAUUGCCACCGAGCAAGAGAUUCGAGAAUCUGUGACGAGGCUGAGACGAGCAGUUGAUGUGAUUGCUAAGGAAUAUCUAGAUGCUGAUGGUAAGCUGGUUCUCCCAAGCUGA